UAUAGGAGGAGUAGUAUUCGUUCAUUUGUAAUUUCGUAAAAAUAUAUUAUUCAGAUAACGUUAACUGUGUUAAGUGUUAAUAAAACAAAUUAUAAAACAAUUCUAUAUGUCUUAUUAUAUAUUUCCAAUAUAAGAUAAAGCGCAAUAAUGACGCAUUUACAAUAUAUGCCGGGUGACCCGAGACUUGUAGAUCAAUUAGUUUACGAGUUAAAAUCUAAAGGAAUAUUCGAUCAGUUUCGGAAAGACUGCAUUGCUGAUGUAGACACAAGACCAGCAUACCAAAAUCUUCGUCAACGAGUUGAGAGUUCUGUAUCUUCAUUCUUAUCGCGUCAAUGCUGGAAACCCGAUCUGAACAAGAAUCAACUUAGAGAGAAAUUGAGGAAACAUAUCUUGGAUGGCAAUUACUUAGAACAAGGGGUAGAAAGAAUAGUAGACCAAGUGGUCAACCCAAAGGUGGCAUCAGUUUUUAUACCACAAGUAGAAGAUUUAGUUUACAACUACCUUGGCAUAGUCAGAAAGAAGCCAGUACCUGAUUUGAAUGAAGAGAAUAAAACCAACCUUCUACCGACAGACCUCGAAGCCGUUAGUCCUGGCUCAGUACAUAGUGAUGAUGGCAAAGAUGCCACUGAUACCCAAGAAGUAAUGGAUAUCGAAGAUGGAAAUACUCUUGGAACUGAUAAUGAUACUGAGAAAAAUAUUCAAUACCCAAACACAAUUGAAAUGUGUGUUUUUGAAUCGGAUACCAGCAUUGACAAGAGUUGCAUACCGUUACCUGACGAGAUAUUACCAGAAAAUAUACCGCAACCCGAAAAUAGUCCCCCCAAACUGGAUUUAGACAAAAUUGAACUACCCAAAGAGCCAGAAAGCAUUCAGGCGUCUAAGUUUCAUACUGAUAUUUCAGAUGAGGUAGAUAGGACAGAUAAAGAGUAUUUCAAACCUGUCGCGAGUGAUGACGAUGAUUCUAGUUCCGAUGCGUCUCUGAUCAGAAAUAUGUCCCCAUUGACACCAAUUAGGAAUUUGAAUAACGAGAAUUCUUGCGACGCCCAACAGGCUUUCGAAAACGAUUCAGACGGAAAGGUAGAGGACAACAAAGAACCGUGCACUUUCAGAUUCGCCUUAGAUCAUAAACCAGAUGAGGAUUCAAAAGAUAACACAGAAAAGUCAGACCGUGACCAGACUAAUUUGGCUUUUCAAUUCAAUAAUCAAGUUAAUAUAAAACCUUUCAACACGCCGGUGUCUGACGACAGUUCAAACAGCAACAACCUUCAGAUCGACUACGAAAGCGAUGCAAACAGUAAAACUAAUGUAGAAAAUAAAAUACCAGAAACCGAAAAUUCUGAGGACGUAAGAAAGGAGAAAAAGGAAGAGAAGAAGAGUAGCAGUCACAAGAGUUCACAUCGUUCGAGAGAUUCCCACAGGCACUCUAGCAGCAGAGACAAAAGAUCUGACUCUAAGUAUUCCAGCUCUAGAGACAGCAGCAGGAACGAUAAAAGUGAUAAAAAGAGUAAAGACGAUAGUAAAUCUAAAUCCAGUCACAGAGAGAGAGAGAAAUCGAAGGACAGAAACGACAAGAAAGAGAGCAGAGACUCAUCGAAACAUCGAAGCUCUCACAAAAGCUCAAGCUCGAAAGAUUCUAAGUCUCACAAAAGCUCUAGUCAAAGAAGUAGUAAACACGACGAGAAGAAAUCAUCAAGUCAAAGAGAUAAAAACGACAAAAGUUCUGAUAAGAGUAAAGAUGGUAAGAGUCGAGAUAAGAGAGAUUCCAAGUCCACUUCCCAUCGUUCAGAUAAAGACAGAAAGAGCAGUUCUCAUAAAUCUGAAAAAGAUAGCAAGACUGAUGACAAAAGUAAGAAAAAAGAUAAAAAAGAUACCGACGACCACUACAGCCUGUCUGGUCGAGGAAAUGUGAACAGAAGAUCUACAGACCGCGACUCGAACGACGGCAGCUCAUCAUCGAAAGGCUCCCAUAACCCGCCCAGUUCCAAGUCCAGUGAAAGCAAGAAAGAGACCAAAGGGUCCACGUCUAAAUCUGAUAAUACAUCAUACAGUGGCGAUUCUACAAGCCCCAGCGAUAAAGAAAACCUUAAAACCACCGAAAGCAACACAAUGAAUUCUAGCUUUAAGCCGGCAGUGCAUGUCGACAACCGUCUCGAGCUUCCUGUGACGCCAGUUCCAAGGUUGCCCUUCGUCCCGGAUGUGACAAUUAAAAAACCCAAAUUUGCCGCCAAUUUAGAGGAAGCCAAACGAUUGAUGAAAAUGAGGAGAUUCUUGGAUGAAGAACAGCGUAGGAUGAACCAAGAGGCAGCCCUGCUUCUGGAGUUCCAGGCCAACGUAAGACCAAGUCUGAGUCAAGUCUACUCAAGCAUACCCGGCCCAGAAUUGGAAUUUGCUUGCAUCACCAAUGUGAACCACGAGACUCAGGCUGAUAGUAAUACAACUCAAGAUUCUGACGUACUCAAAGACUUCCCUGAUGACGAGCAAGGCUUUAAAGGGUUUGAAUGUCCUAAAGUCAACGGGCAACGCGAUCUUAGUGAUGAUAGUGACGUAGAAAAGGAUAUAAAACAUUUUGAAGAGCUGAGAAACGAAACAUACGAAGAGAACAAGCCUUUCUCGCAAUUAGUUAACGAAAUAUCGGAAUACAGUCGAGCGUCCGAGAGAAUUAAAAAUAUUAACAACGAAAAGAACACCGAUAAAAUAUACGGAAGCAACGAGAAAUUGGAUGAGAAAUAUAAGAAUGAUUCCGACACUUCGAUCAUUGAUAAUAACGAUGGCGACAGGAGGAAUCUGUUCGAAGUCACCAUUAUAACUGAGGAAUUGUCGGAAAACGAAGACUCCAAUAAAGAGGAUGCCGCGGAAGAAGCUCCAAGCGGUAGACCAGAUGAGGAACUGUUUAAUUAUUUUGCUGAGCACGAAAAAUACGAUUCGGAAAUAGAACGUCACAAAUUCGACACGUUCCUCAAGAAGUACAUGAAGAGACCAGAGAUCAUUAACAAAUUCUACGUAAUCAACUGCGACAGAUACGUAGAAAAGAUCCUGAAAGAGAUCUCACAGGGUUUUGGUGAUUACGAGAUCGUGAAUUAUCACAAAAACGGUCACAUAAAACUGCCGAAAAGUAAUGUAAUAAAAGAGGUUCAUUUGCGAGACGAGGUCGUGUUGCCCGUCGAGAAAAUAGAUUUUGACGAAUCUAAAUCUAGAUCGCCUAUUUUGAGUCCAGUGAAAUCGGAAUGCUCGUUCGAGUUGUCGAGCGACUACGCGGCCAAAUUAGAGGAGAUGGUCAACAGAACUUCAAGACAAGAAGUAAUGGAGAUUAUACUGGGCAGCGUAAUGGAGUCGCCGAGUAAAAUGCCGCAAAUCGAUUAUUACGAGGAAUCGACCAUAUUCUGUGACAGUUUGAAACGUAAAAUGGAACCGGAGAGCCCUUCGAAUAUAACUGCACAAGUUCUGACGCCAAACAAGAUCAGGAAACUGAGUGAAUCCGAUCAGAUCACGUCCACAACUGAGGAAACCGAAAAACAUAUAUCAAACAACAGAGUGCAGAACAACUCGAGAUCAAAGUAUUUGGGCAAAGCGAGGAGAGUCGGACUGCCUCGGCCUAAAAAAAAUAAUCUGCCCCACAGCCCGUCCAGCGAUAAGUCGGUCGAAAACUACGAACAGAACGCUCUACAUUCGCCCAACGGAAAAUUGAAGACGACACAGCGCGCGAAAAUACAAAGAUACAGUACAACUGACCUUUACAAACCGAAACUACACUAUUUAUCUCGUAGGAACAAUAUAAGACCGUGAAGUGCUUGUCAUUUUUUUGUAACGUGAAUACUCAUGAGUGCUCACGAGAGCUCACGCCCGGGAAACGAAUACCCAGGGCAUGAUGCACGUUAUGACAGGUGUCGAAAUGUCCUUAAAUUCCCUGUUUGGUGUGUACGCAGCGUGUGCUCAAGAGUACUCACGGUUGGUAAGCUUCUUAAGUGCUCUGUAACUGUGAAUAUUGUUGAAGUUUCUUAAAUUUUAUGCGUUUUAGACUGGAUAUAAUGUAUGCUCACGAGUACUCACAGUAUUAACCGUUUACUUGCAUCGUUAAGGAAAACGGGUUUAAAUUUGAAGAAUAAGUUUGAACCUGCACGUUCCGCUCUUAUUCUAAAUAUCUAAUUAAAAACGCACAGACAUCAAUCACCUCCCUUGCUUGAUUCGAAAAAUUUAUCCAAUUUUAAUUAAUAUAUUUUUUUACGAUAAGCAUAGGAAAACGGCAGAAAUUUUUAUCAAUUUUAAAACGUCAU